AUGUCUUUCCUCAAGUCUGUCUUAAAGUCACGAAAUGUAAAUGAUGGAUUCAUGGAUUCACAGCUAAAAGCUUGGAGGUCCAGCAGCUGUAGCCAAGCAAGAACUAAAAUUGACCUGGAAGACCUCUUUAUUUCAUGGAGAUCUACGGAAGCCAAAGUGCAUCCUGAAGUCCAGAAGGUGACGACGAAGGUCGACAGUCAUUACGAAAUCUGUGGACAAAGAAAGACUACUGAGGAAGAGUAAGAUGGUCACUGACACAAAUACUGCUGUAUGAACCAUGUACCAACCAAAGGAGACAACCGUAAUGUCCUUGAGAAUAUUUUCUGCA